GAAUUAGCAAAUCGGACUAUGCUCGAAGACGAAGAUUAGCCGCGCGCAACGUGCAAUCUAGCCAUUGUGGACAACGCUAUAAAGAAGCUUUCAGCUGGAACAGGGGCACUUCUAUAGUUAAACACGUUGCAACAACAUGAACUUCGUAUUCAUCCCAUUCUUUCUUGUCGCCCACGUGGCGGUCGACGAGACCGUAUGGAAGCUCGGUCCGGAGUUUGUAUUCGAUGUGGAGAUGAACUUCACGUCGAUCCCCAUGGACCAUCAUCUGCAGACUGUGAAAAAAUCGAACUACACGGUGAUGAAUCUGUACUGCAGGCCGAAACGCGAUGACACGCUCGCCCUCAGCUGCCGCAUGGCUAACUGCCGCGGCCAGAGCAUAGACCUGACCAACGACAAUCAACUGGAGAUGUCCGAGGAAACUUACAAACGUUUCUGCGACGCGGAACCGUUCGAAAUCAAGUACAACGAGCACGGGAUCGACCAUUUGAUCGUAAACGAGCGCAUGCGUGUCUACACCUUGAACGACAUCAAACUGAUCGCCGAACGUUUGAACAUCGGCGUGGAUUUGAACGGAAUUCCCGACGGUACUUUCGACGUCCCGCAGAACACAACGAUCGGACGGUGCAAUGUACACGUCGGCCUCCAUCACUAUCCUACGAAAAGGGUCCUGAAUAAUGUAGAGAAAUACCGGUACGAGCUGAAAGCAUUGCCGCCAUUGAACAAAGUGCCCGGUGAGGUUCUGCUCAUCCAAAAGACGACAAACUUGAACAACUGCAGCCGCUACGCCGCGUUCUACUUCGGCUCCUACGGGAACAGUCUCGUCGAGCCGGAUCUUCACUCGCAUUUAGAAAGCUCGACCAGCCGCAUUUUUAUAUCGGACUUCCAGUUCGCUUCGACGCUGUCGAGGACUGGCACCCUUGGCUCGGACAGAAUGAACAAUCUCGUCGCGAUUUCGGAAUACGUGAGCGUGACCUUACGAGAAAUUCGUGCGGCUAAACGAGAGCUGCCCGAUAUUACGGAGGCGUCGAGGACAGACAUCGAAGUGAAUGCGAACGUAAAUAGAAUCAAUGCGAUGAAAUAAAUUUUGAUACAUCUUCAUCGGUCGGUUACGAAGAGCAUGGUCCACGCACGUGAGAUCGUAGAUUCGUGUUAUGUAUGUAAGUAGUUGGAAGUAUCAACUAUGUAAAGUAUCCCUCUGACAGUAUAAUAAAAAUUAAAAAGUCAUCUACGA